GUGUGUAUGUGUGCGUGUGUGGCUUUGGGGGGGGCGGGGGCAGCAAAUCGCAAACCCGACAUACGCAUUUGGCGCAGCGUUCGGCGCACUUAUGGAGGCGACAUGACUGAGUCGUCAAGCGCGAUCACUGCUGCCCCGGAGUCUGUCGCACCAGUAGUUGGAGCCGAUCGUCAUGUCACUCGGCCGUGGACUAGGACGGUGACCUCAACUUUGAAUCAUCCUGAAGGGUAAAAUUCACAGUGUCCCUUUAAGAUGACACGCACAGAACCUCCUGACAUACUAGCGUCGACCGUGUAUCGAGACAUAAAAGUGAAGUCUACCUCCACGCACUCGGAGUCUGUCUGUUUUUCCAAACAAUGUGAUGCCCAGAUGACGACCACACUGGAGGACAAGCAGGAGAAGAUCCACAAGAGGCAUUGCCGGAGCUUUGACUUCAUCGAGUCGCUGGACGACCCCAAGCCCUGCGAGCCGCAGGGGAUGGAGCACCACCAUAGGAGGCCGGAGAGGCAGUCCGAGACCCAAGGAGAGAUGUCCUGGAAUGCUUUGGGGCAGCAGGGACACCUUCGCUUCUCCUCCCCGGACCUGUUCAACACCAGAUUGCCCCCUCAACACUCCAACUCAGACACCACCAGCAAGGCCACUAAGCCAGAGUCCAAGCAGAGGUCUCGGUCUAAAAGUGCCCCCCGAGCCAAAACCACCUUCACGCCGGUGCCCAUUGAGAUGUCUCCACCUGUGGUCAGGAGGGGCAGGGAGGUCCAGCGAGCUCGCCGGGACCCACCAAGGAGGCCCGAGGCGUCUCCCCGCAGGGAGGUGUCCUAUGCCACGAGCCGUGUCCUGACACAAGAGGUGCAUCCCAUCAAGCUCCAGCCCCAGCGAGGGGAUUCCAGCCGAUUCUCGCCAUUAAAUGCCAGUGAUCGCUUUGAGGGGGGCCGACCGAGCAAGCCGGCCACAAGUCCGCACGUCAAAUGCCGUGUGGACAUCAAGCCGGAUGAGGGAGGCUUGCAGCAGGCGGUGAGGCAGCCCCCUGCACCCCGCACUGAGAUCCCCUGGCAGCGCUACUCCAGCUCGGGGAGCAGGGGCCUGGCUGUUCCACGCCAAGUGUCCACAUCCAGGACGCCAACUCCCAGCGAAUGCUACAGUGCGGACUACAGGCAUCCUUACCCAUAUUCCUAUGGCAUGCCAGUGAAUUAUGUUCAGCCCGUUGACAUUCCUCAUAGAAUGCCUUCCCCCAGAGACCAGAGGGAGUACCUUGAGAGAGAACGGAGGGCAUUCUCUAGCCCUGGUGUGCCAACUAAAUUAUUCUACACCGAGCCCGGGAGGUACUCGAUUUCAGCCCCUCCUACUAGGAAUUACUACCAGAAUGAUCGCUACAGCAUGUCCAGUCAAGGACACUCACCUAAAAUGCAAUAUAUGCAUGAUCCAAGGUCCCAUAUCGUUCACACUAUGCCCAUUACCAUCCGGCCCUAUUACACAGAGAUAGAGGCUCGGCCGUACCCAGGUGAGCCUGUGUAUCCCAGGCCGUAUUCCACAAGUGAACCAGGGCCAUACAUCAUUCAAACACCACCGACAAGAUCGUUUUAUGGCGAGAACCCUGCAGCCUACCCCAUUCAGACUGUCCCCUCAAAUAUUUUCUACACGAAUGAAGCAUUCAGCCACCUUCCGGAGCAUCAUGUCCCACUGAGACCGUAUCACACCGAGGGUCGCCAUCGGCCCCGGAUGUCGCAACCUCAUGUCGGUGAUUGGUACGCGUCCAGUUUCUCGGGAUAUGCUGCCCACCAUAAUCAGUUCACUCCGCCAAGAGCCAGACCGGAAAUGACCCCCUGGUAUGCCAACCCCUGCAUGGAGCCGCCCAGGCUUGGAGCAGAAGCCAAACCCUAUUCGAAGUCGUGGGACAACAUCCUCAACUCACAUGUUGAGAGGGAGCAGCCAGUUCACCGUGGGAGAAGCUACGAGAACCUCCUUUACCAGGGCAAGCGUGCAGCGUCCCCAGAUGACAGGCGGCAGCCUGUGGUGGUGAACCUCUCCAGUUCACCCAGGCGCUAUGCUGCCUUGUCGUUGUCUGAAAACUCUUUGGAAAAGGGUCCUGUUGAUGGAGCCAGGAGCAUGACAGGAAGACUCUGGUACGUGACCCCUGAGAUUACCAUUACAGACAACGACAUCCACCCUGGCAAAAUUAAAAGAAGCCAGUCACGCUCUGCCAGUUGGGACAUGUUGGACUCUGAUAAAGCAAAGCCCAGGACUGUUUCAUACCAGGAUCCACCCUCCUACUCGGCAGACACAACCAAAGACAAGAGCCACAACAGCUACUCAUUGCAGCAAAGCCUCGAACAGCUUGAUGAGCUGUUAGCCGACCUUGUCAUUGACUACAAGCCCCCAGCUAGCCGGAGGCCCAGUGAAGAUUUGUUGGACCAACUAAAGAAGCUUAUUAAUGAGGAUGAUUCCAACUCCACAAAGAAAGGCUCCAAGGAAGACCCUGGUCCUCUCAAUAAACAGCCUAUGUCCACCAAAAUCAUCCCUGAUGCUCUGAAAAACCUGGACAGCUGUGAUGGAGUCCAGAGGAGUACAGAGGAGUGUUCCCCUGAGCAGAGCACGGAUGAGGAUGAUACUAUGAUGUGCUCCAACAGAAAGUGCCGGCGGACUGAGACCCUGUUCAAUGCCUGCCUCUACUUCAAAUCGUGUCAUAGCUGCUACACCUACUACUGCUCCCGGAACUGCCGCAGGGAGGACUGGGAUGUCCACAAGGUGAACUGCCUUUAUGGACGCAUUGGAAGUGUUUGCAGGCAUAUCCUGAAGUUCUGCCGGGAGAAUUCUGAGAUCCACAAAGCCUUCUCCCGCAUUGCCAAAGUGGGAUACCUCUCUCGCGGAAGGGGUGUGCUUUUUCUGGGUUUCCCCAGCCCAGGGUCAUCCAACAACUUUCUACAGUAUGGACUAGAGAGCCUCCUCAUGACGCCAACAUAUCUGUCCCUCAGAGAGCUGGAGACUUUCAAGGACAAUCUAGGGGAGUAUUGUAAGGAGCUGCAGGAUGCCGGUAACGAGUAUGACCCCAGUGAAUGUUUCCUUCUGAAUGUAUCCAUCGCCGUUGGUGACCAAGUGCCUGACAGACCGUCACCCAGAGUACGAGCGCCGACUGUCAGGAAGUAUGCCAAAGUGUCCCUGGCUUCUUGCAGCCCCGAGAAGAGGCCCUUCAAGAGAGAGAGUGACAUGGAAACUCUGAUCCUCACCCCACCCCCAGGAACCUCUGACAUUGAUAAGGAAGGCGAGGAAGGCAGGAAGGCCAGGGAGAUAUGCUUCAUUAACAUCCAGCGUGAACUCAGGGCCAGGGGGGUUUUCCUGCGUCAUGAGUAUCCGAAGAUCUACCAGCAGCUCUGUGAGUUUGUGGAGAGCAACAAGAGGUUCACGCCUACCACCAUUUACCCAAUAGACAAGAGAACUGGAAGACAGUUCAUGUGCAUCAUCAUGGCAGCUUCUGAGCCAAGAACACUAGACUGGGUCGGAACCCCAAACCUACUAGAUGAUAUCAUUUAACCCUUUGCACCUUUAACGCCAUUUAAAUGACGUCACAGGUGUAUAUACACAUAUAUGUAUAUUAUUACACAGUAAAGCUGGCAUAAAUGUUUGUAGAUAUGUAUUUUAAUACAGAAGAGGUUUAUUAAUGUUUCCCUACAAUCACCGUAAAAGUCACAGCAUCACACUGACCAGAAGAGGAACGGCGAGUUUUCUGUUGGGUAUUUCGCUAACUUGAACUGGUACUGCUAGACUUCUUGCUUUGAUCCUCAUUAAUUUUCACUUUCACUUUCACUUUGGAAUUUGUAAGCCACACUAUGUGACUCUUUACUUUAACUUUUUUUUUUUACAUAUUUGGUUUAAAAAAAAAAACUGACUGACCAUAAGAGCUGUUUGAAAAGUGAAUUAACAAUUUGAACAUAUCCUAUGACAUAUAGAAGAAGGAAUAUAUUUUAUACAUUUCUAACAUACAAUAAUAUCUAUUAAAUUAUAAAAAAAAUAUUUUCUUUAAUCAGUUUUUACUUUGAUGGACGGAGUAAAUAAGCUAUAUACUUAGAUACAGCAGGGGUUGCACCAAAAGUAUACGUGAGUAACUUAACGAGAAAUUAUUAAUGAUUGCCAUUAGUGGGCAAAGACACUGGCGGAAUUCAAAAUUUCAAUCUGAUACACUGUCAGUAAAAACUGUUAAUUGUUUCAACUGAAAUACAUCUCAUUAGAUCAAGGAGAGACCAAGACUAUGAUAAGAACACCCAGUCACAAGAGCAGUGUGUAGGAAGCAAUCUGACAGUUAAAUGGAUGGUCAUGCAAAUAACGUACAAUGACAUUAUCAUAAAAGAAGACUGGCAAUAUGCAAAGCUUUCUGUGUUCAUAUCACAUGUGGUAGGAAGCUCUUGUAUAAAUAGAAAUUUAAUGUACAAUUUAAUGUGAAACUAAAUAAAUGCUAAUUAAAGAUUACAGAAUAAAAAAGUUAAAAGAAAAAAUAAACAUACGUAACAUGCAAUCUUAUAAAUGUGAAAAAUAUGAAUUAUAUGUUUUGUUUUUUUUUAAUCCUAAAGAAUAUAGUGGUUCUUGAACUACAGUAGAUGUGGUAUAAAGACUAAACUAGGUUUAUCUAGUACCUGUGCUGUGUCGAACUUCUUAUACACGUGUUUAGGCCUCUGGUUCUUUAAAUAUACACACAACCAAUCAGACAUACUAAAACAGCAACGGAAAAAGAAUUAUGCACUCAACGAUCUGCGAAUUAUUAGUAGUUACAGACCUACAUCAUUACCGAUUUGCCAAAACACAAAAAAUAGACCUUUAAGCUACUUAUUUGUGCCUUAAUUCAGUUCACUUGUUUUCUUGGAUGUAAUUCCCUUCUCAGUAUGAUUAACAAGGUGGUCAGGAUGGACUACAGCAAAUGAACAACCACAGACAGACGUAAAGAUGUAAGAGAGGAUAAACUAAUAUAGCCCUAAAUGGCUGACGUCCCCCCCCCCCAAAAUAAAAACUAUUCUCAGCAUUCUCAGAAUUUUCUUAAUUAGCGAUUGAGAUACAUGGUUUUUGUCCCACAUAUUUUGCACAGAUAACCAGCAUUGCCUGAUUCAUCAGCCAAUGGUGCGCAAACCAGUCUAUUGUGUCUGACGUUUUAAGCUCACACAUUACGGUUCAUAUAUGUACCGCCUUACCUCUCAUCUGUCAAACUGGAACAAACUGGAACUGAAGAUUAGACUUAAAUGAGAUUUAAAUCAGUGCAUGCUCUUAUAUUUCGGCAGUCAAUGGCAACAAGUACAGUAAAUGUAAAUUAACAUGCUUGAUAAUUUCAUAUUUUUUUAAAAGAGAAAAAGUAAUAUUUUGUUUGAGAAGGUAACUAUAUUUUAUUUUAUUUCACUAAUGCAUGUAAUUACCAUGCAUAAUUAUAGAAAUGAAUGAUGUUUUUCAGAUUCAUAUCCAGUUAAAAUAAUAAUUAAAAAACGUGAAAGAAAGAAAAUAAUUACUGGAAGACACCGUUCACCGUACUGUGUCAUUAGCCUGUCAUCUGCUGUUUUUCUGUGUGCUAUUUAUAAAGUGUAUUUAAUAAAUGGAAUGGAGAGAACUCACUGAAGUUGAACAAA